AUGGUGUCGACACGACAGCAUCCCAGCGAUUUCCCUUCUCCAGAGGAUGCGGCCAAACAGCUUGCGAAAUCGUCUCCGGCACCGACCACAAACGGAGCUGCCCGAAAAUGGGUUUAUACUCCAUCCGCCGCACUGACAGUGUGGCUCGUAGUAUCAGUCCCCCUGGUGAUAUGGGAUACAGGCUAUGUGCUGUUACGCCCACACAGCAUGCCGGGGGGUAGUCUACACUCACCCAUCUGGAUCCCCUAUGCGCUCUACGGAUCCGUGGACUACAUCUACGGGUGGCCUGCGUGGAAUGAGCGAAAUGGCUUCACUGCCGCGCAGAGCGUGAUGAACGUGUUUGAGACGCUAGGCUACUUGUAUUAUCUGUGGAUUGUUUAUCACCACGGGGCCACAGUUGUCAAUAGCCGCGGCGACAAGAAACUCAAGAAGGGCAUGGUGUGGCUUUUGACUGGAGACAAGGUAGUCGCUGGAAGGACUGGCGCGACUGCCUUGUUAGUGGCGUUCAUCGCGUCAGUCAUGACGUUGAGUAAAACCGCGCUCUAUUGGCUCAAUGAGUACUUCUCAGACUUUGAAAAUAUCGGACAUAAUACGACCUGGGAUAUCAUCUUUCUAUGGGCAAUUCCAAAGUAUGGCGAGCCCCUAUUCCCCAAGACUGCUCUACAUUUAAGACUGCCAUACUGA